AUGGACGAAAGCGCACCCCUGCGUCAGAUUGAAUCCACAGACUCCACACCUUGGAAGACGUCAGCAGACGAGGAAGAGGUCGAGCCAACAAUACUCACAAUGCAUGACGACCACAUUUCACAGGACGGAGAACCGUUAUACAGUAUCAGCCGAAGCCUCACAGCACUGAAACAGGAGCGAUCAUCGAUCCGCCUCGAGCGUGUAGACUCUACUCCCGAAGGGGAGACGAAUAUUUCCGAGUCGUCCAACACCUCCAAAUCCCUCAUCUUUUAUCUCGUCCACCCUCUCAACUCGCACUAUCGGACCGACAAACCAGCCUAUUUCGCGACAUGCGCGGAAGAAUCCGGCCUCGGCAACAUUGAGCUGGAAAUUGAGAAGAAAGGGCUAUCGAAAACGAAAUACAAGGUUCAACUCAGCCCCGGCCGCAGUGCGUCCAGCGAUCCGCUCUUUCAUAGCGACCCAACAACUGCCCUAACCGCAAAGACCAACUUCGUCAGCGGCAAAUAUUUCUGGAGCGACUCUCAGGGGAAGAAGAUUGCGCAGGAGGAAUUGACGACUGAUAACAAGCACCAGCUCAAGAUCAUACAGACAAUGCAGACUAGUUUCAGAGACGCUGUAGUGGCUGCAUGGUGUUUGAGGGUAUGGUCAGAAGUCGGCGAGAGUCGUCAGACGAAAACAGACCGUAAGCCUUCGUGA